GCGUUUCUCAUGGAAAAUACGGACUCCUUAAACAAGAACCUUUUCUAUUUUUUAGGUGAUAAGAUUCCUCCUACACAAGUUGAAGCAAGACUGAAAGAAAGACUGGAGUGCUUGAACGCUUCCAAACAAAAUUCAUGGAGUGUGGAAUUGGAAACCUGGUUUAAUCGAGACACAAAAACUUGGCAAUAUAUUUUAAAGUCGUUAUCCGACAGUAAAGGAGGAGUACUUCUUGCCUUUAGGGACGAUUCUGUGUCAAAUGAAAAAUAUCGUCUUUUUAAAGCUGACUCACAAGCGUCCCAGUUAAUGGAAAAGCUUCAAACAGUGCAGACGAAAAGCACAGUCAGUCUCAAGGGCGCUGAAUAUUCAUUUGGCGACUUCAUAGUGCGUCUUGGGUCCGUAUUCGAAAGAAAAAUACCUUCUUUUGUCGUAGUACAAAUCUUAUAUGCUCCUUUCCGGGAGACUUUAGUUCCCCAGAAUGUCUUUCAGGAGGUCAUGCAUUCUUUGUGCAGGACUAUCUUUGAGACCCCCUCAAGUAGUCACCAAGGUUCAGAAGUUCCUCCACAAGACGAGAAAACUCAAACUCUAAAAAAAGAAGAGACUUUUGAAGGCUCGAAGGAAGCCCGACACUACUCUCAGUUUCAUGAUUUGGUGCAAGGAAGAAACUCAGAAAUAUCCGAAACAGCAUUUCAAUUCUUGUAUUUGUUAAGUUUAAGUUCUCGGUCCUAGAAGCAGAUAUUUUCUCUUUCAUUUGGAUCAUUUCGGUGCAUUGAACUAGAACAUAUUGAAUCUACCCAACGUCACGUCAUUGUAUUGCUUCCGUUUAGUCAAAUGAAAACUUUAUUCUCCAGUCGUUGUGUUAGCAAGAAUAUCACACUUUUAUAAUGUAUAAUCUCAAGCCAGUAGCUCUCGACAGAACCCAUAUCAACAGAAGCUGUAGUAGCAUCCUUGUCAAAUGAUGUACUGGAUAGAUUAUCAUUCACUUUGAAGUUGCUUAGUGAUAAAACUCAGGAAAACGUGAAAUAAGAAUAAUUGUUACAUGACGAAGUAAUGAACACUUGUCUUGAUAAAUAGUGUUCGUUCGAUCAGUAAUGAUGCGAAAAAUCGAAAUAAGAUGGUAGAUUGUUUUCUUUAUUUUGUGUGCUGUUGGAAUCAAAACAGAAUAACAAUCAUCACUACUAUGCGUUUAUCUAUAAUGAAGUUUUCAAUUAUAUG